AUGCCGGUGUGUACAUCGUGCCAUCAAACUAAACAAGACGAAGCAUUCUUUCAUAAAAAUAAAAAGUGGAAAACUUGUCAAAACUGUAUCGAACAAAGGGCACUAAAAAAACAAAAAACAAAGAGAAAACGCGAUGACCAAGUUGUGGAAGAAGAGGAACCUAUGCGAGUUACUCUUAGAACUGUUGGACUUAUGGAAUUGUCUAAUCUAGUAUCCACAGAAAUACGUAACCUAGUUCAUAACCCUCAACCACCAAUCGGCCCUGACGGAACUCCACAAUGCUCUUUGAAUUUACGCGUGGCUCUGAAUCUUUCAAACAUGAUAACUGGGAAUGAAAAUCCUAAGGAUGUUGCCAGGUGGAUUGUUGAAGAAAUUGAAAGAGCCGACGAAUAUAAUUGGACAUAUAAUUGUAUGAAUACAUCGAUGCGUCAUAAAGAUGUUGCAAAGUUUUAUUAUGUUUGUAGUCAAUCAAUUGUUGCAAUGAAAGAAUAUAAAGAAGGUUCAAAUAGGAAACGAAUGGAACGUUUCCCUUGUCAAGGAAAAAUGCAAAUGAAAAUUGAUAUGCCAGCCUCUGAAGCUAUGUUAGAAAUUCAUCAUGGUAUUCUUCAUAAUCGACCAACUAUUACAUCAGAAAUUAAUGAGGAAUGUCGAAAAGAGAUUGAAGAAAAUCUUCAAUGUUCACCAAUUCAUUUACGACAAAUACUUCGAACAAAAAAUAUUUGGUGA